AUGGGGGACAUCCUGGGGCUGGGAGACCAUGGUGGGCACCAUGUGGUUGGGGCCGUGGUGGACACCGUGGGGCUGGUAGACUCUGAUGGGCACCAUGGGGCAGACAGGGAGGUGCGGAUGCCCUCGGGGAAGACGGCGCGACCCAACAUCACCGACAACAAGGAUGGGACGGUGACGGUGCGCUACGCCCCCACCGAGAAGGGGCUGCACGAAAUGGACAUCCGCUACGACGGCAACCACAUCCCCGGGAGUCCCCUCCAGUUCUACGUGGACGCCAUCAACCCCCGGCACGUGAGCGCCUACGGGCCGGGGCUGAGCCACGGCAUGGUCAACAAGCCCUGCACCUUCACCAUCGUCACCAAGGAUGCCGGUGAGGGUGGGCUGUCGUUGGCUGUGGAGGGUCCCUCCAAGGCGGAGAUCACCUGCCAGGACAACAAGGAUGGGACCUGCACCGUAUCCUACCUGCCCACCGCCCCCGGGGACUACAACAUCAUCGUCCGCUUCGAUGACAAGCACAUCCCCGGCAGUCCCUUCACCGCUAAGAUCACAGGGGACGACUCCAUGCGGACGUCGCAGCUGAACGUGGGCACCUCAACGGACGUGUCGCUGAAGAUCACGGAGACGGACCUGAGCCUGCUGACGGCCAGCAUCCGCGCGCCCUCGGGCAACGAGGAGCGCCUGCCCAACCGCCACAUCGGCAUCUCCUUCACGCCCAAAGAGGUGGGCGAGCACGUGGUGAGCGUGAAGAAGAGCGGGCAGCACGUCACCAACAGCCCCUUCAAGAUCCUGGUGGGACAGUCGGAGAUCGGGGACGCCAGCCGCGUGAAGGUGUGGGGCAAGGGGCUGGUGGAGGGACACACCUUUGAGGUGGCCGAGUUCAUCGUGGACACGCGCAGCGCCG